AUGGAACUCAAAACCAUCGCGAUCCUCGGCCCCGGAGGCCCCCUCGGCACCGCAAUCCUCAACGAAAUCCUCCAACACUCCCCUUCCCCUUUCAAAACCAUAACGCUCAUCACCCGCCCAACCUCCUCCUACACCCCUCCCCCACCCCCCUCCACCAGCACUACAACCCUCCUCCACAAACACGCCGACUACACUUCUCCCUCCUCCCUCCUCGCCGCCUUUUCAGGUCAAGACGCAAUCGUAAACUGCAUCACCGGCAGCGCAACUCAGUAUGCCCCGUACCGCCUUAUCAUCGAUGCUGCGCUGGCAGCGGGUGUGAAGUUGUUCUUUGCGAAUGAGUUUGUGGGGGAUGUGGGCAGUCCGCGGUAUACGCGGCUCCCGGAGAGAUUUGUAGGAGCGAAAGCGAGGAUACGGAGGGAGUUGGAGGAGAUGGGGAGGGAAGGGAGGAUGGGGUGGAUUGGGUUGAAUGGGGGGGCUUUUAUGGAUAUGUGGCUUACAAAAGGUCCCGCGGGCUUCUCCCUACCUACAUCUCACGCCCGUAUUUACGGCACGGGUAACGUCCCGCUAUACUGGACUCCCCUACCCGUUCUCGCCCGCGCAGCUGUACACAUGCUGCGCAACCCAGAGCCAGUUAUGAACCGCGCCAUUCAUAUCUGUCCGUUUGUAGCGCGACCUGGUGAGCCCUCGUGUCUUACACAGCAUGGGUUGCUGCGUGUGUUGGAAGAAGAGCUGGGCACGAAGUUUGAGGUGGAGGAGGUGGAUGUUGAGAGGAUUUUUCGGAACGCAAUGAUGGUUUUGGGGAGGUACGAGAGGGGUGAGCCUGGGGGAGAGGGGAUUGCGCAAGCGAUGAAGGGGUUGGCGGUUUGUAAUCAGUUUUACGAGGAGGAGGUGGGUGGAGAAAAGUCGUUUAGCGACUUAGUUGAGAAUGAGGUUAUGGGUGUUGAGAUGAUGGAUGUGAGGGAUGCGGUUAGGGAUGCGAUUAGUCGGUAUGGAAGGGACUGCGCUAUUGUUGACGGUAUGUUCAGAGUGGAAGCUUGUGAAGUUUAG